AUGGCGGCCGUCCUUGAUGCUUUGGCAGCCCGUGUGAUGAACACCAUCAUGGACAUGGGAGAAGAGAAGAUCAGCAUGUUGCUGGGCGUCUCCCACGAGAUCAAGAAGCUGGAGGACAACGUGGAACCCCUCCGGAACAUCCUCAUCGACGCCGAGAGGAGGCGCAUCACCGACAAGAGUGUGCAGGCAUGGGUGACCAAGCUCAAGAGUGCCAUGUACGAGGCCAGUGACAUCCUUGAUCUCUGCCAGCUCGAGGCCAUGGACCGACACUACAAGCAACACUCCAGGGGCUUAUGCCUCCGGCUCUGGGAGAAGCUGCCAUUUCUAUGUUGCCUGGGGGAAAAGCUGCAGGGUGUCCUCCAGCCGUUUCUCUACUGCGUGCAGAACCCCGGAUUCGCCAACGAGGUAGGCGGACGCAUCAAGACGCUCAACGAUGAACUGGCCACCAUCCGCAAGGGCGUCGCUGACUUCAACUUCAUUGACCUUGGCUCCUACGAGCAAAGGAGGAGGCCGCCGACUGUUGGAAUAAGCCAUGAUCUCGUGGGGGAGCAGAUCAAGAAGAAUGCAGAGGAACUGGAGCUUAAGCUGAUCGCCGCCAGCCGCCAUGAGCAUGGUAGUAACCCCGUCAAUGUGGUGGCCAUCGUUGGCCAGGGCGGCAUAGGCAAGAGCACGCUCGCCAAGAAGGUCUUUGCAAGCGAGGCCAUCAAGGAGAAGUUCAAAACCAAGAUAUGGCUGAGUGUCACUCAACAGUUCACCAAGGUGGACCUGCUAAGGGCCGCCAUCUCCCAAGCCGGGGGGAAGCAUGGUGAUGAGAACGACGAGACCAUACUUGUGAAUGCCCUCACCGACUCCCUAUCAACCAAAAAGUUUCUGUUGAUCAUGGAUGAUGUGUGGAACCAAGAAGCAUGGGAAAACGUGCUCCGCACCCCCAUUCUUAAUGCCGCCGAUACACAGCCAGGAAGCCGAGUCUUGGUUACCUCAAGAAAGGUUGAUGUUGUUCGGAGCAUGGGAGCUUCCAUCCUGCGGGUCGACACACUAGACGAUGAAGAUGCUUGGUGUUUGCUAAAGAAACAGCUGCCCCAGCCACAGGUUAAUGGAAAAUUGUACUAA